AUGGACAUUAAAUAUAAAGUCCCUCGUCUCACCUUUAUUGCCACUAACAAGGUGGGGCAAAAGAUCUACGAAUGGAAGAAGAUUGGCAGGCAGAGUUUACAUGUUGAAGUUGUUGAAGUGACAAAGGCAAAUGACAUUGAGUCCAUGUGUUCUGACUUGGUGUACGUCAUCCUGUUCCCUCAACUCCUGAUGGUCGUCCAUUUCAAGAGACACUGUAACACGUACGGGUCUUUAGCGGCCUAUAUCGUGGCAAUGCUGGUGAGGCUCUCCGGAGGGGAGAAACUCCUGGGUCUACCUGCCCUGAUACACUACCCAGGCUGGGAUGCGGAAACGGAACAGCAGUUGUUCCCCUUCAGAACUAUGGCGAUGACGAUGUCUUUGUUCACUCUGGCGUUUAUAUCCUGGCUGUCCGUGUACCUCUUCAACAAUGGGUACCUUAGCCCAGAGUCCGAUUACUUCAAUUGCGUCGUGAACAUACCUGAGGAUAUCCGCCGUGUGGAUGAACCUUCCGAAGCUGGAGAACAGAUGUCAGUUCUCGGAGGAGUACCUGGCAGAUUGUACGGAGCGGCCCAAACACUUGUAGGUCCCGAUGAAUCUUCUGGCAGGAUCAAUCCUGCUCUCGAACCAGACGAUGAUGACCUGGAUGACCCUAAUGAUGGACCAACUCCACUGUUCGGCACCAGUAGCGCUCCUCCUCCAGUCCAGCCAUUUGGCAAACAAACGGCUUUCUGA